GCCGUCGCCGAGACGUCGAGACGCCGGCAUCGCCCCGUGAAAAGUGGAGCAUUUCGCGCGUCGGUUGCGCGAAAGGGUAAGCCGUGGGUGCUUGUUUGCGCGAGGAAACCACUACCGGCGAAAUAUGCCUCGCUGCUGUGCACGAGCGUUUCCUCGAGCGGGCGCGGAGCUCGACGACGCCGCGCCGAGAACCCUCGGGGCGGCAUGCGGCAGCGCUACCCGUAAAGCCUGACCGCAAACGAGCCGCGUUAAUAACGUCGGGCGAGAGUAUUUCUGACGGGAGAACCUCUCUCUCUCGGGCACGGCGCAUCGGCGUAACGAAACGUGCAGCGGCGCCGCUGGCAGCGCGGUCGAGGGUAUAGCUAUAUCGGGGCGUCGCGACGCUUGCGCGGGUUUCAUCGACGAUCAGCUGGCUGGAAAGCUCCGGCGGUGGUGGGAGCGAGAGACUCACGCGAGAGGGUAGGCGGCGAGGAGGGAUUCAGGGAUGACGGAGAUGGAUGAGAGGACGAGAGAGGAAUAAAGGGGACGCCCGCGCCCGCCGCGGUCUAACGUGUGUAACAUCCAUUCCCUAUCGUCGCCGACGACGAGGGCAGUGCCGACGGCGCCUACGCGCGUUUCCGGCAGCGCUUCCCCGUUGCUCGGCUGCGGUUUACAUCGGCGUCGUCGCCUAGGCCGCCACCGCGCUCGUCGGACGACGGCGACGGUAGUGCGCGUCAGUACUACCGCGCGCGGCCGUGCAGUGCUGCCGUAUCCCGUCGUCGUUCCGUCGUCCCGUUCGGUCGGUCGGUCGGUCGAUAGAGGCACGCCGGCGAAGGUGCGACGUAACGUCCACUUCGAUGAGUCGCCCGCCCGUAUUUUAUAAUGCGGCGCGCCCGUUAUCAUCGUCGCGCUUCCUGUCCCUCCACCACGUCGUCGUCCACGGGCCGCCGCGGCCGCGCCGCGACCAGACCUCGCGCUCACCGCCGCCGGGCGACUCCGUAAAGACUUGAGGAGCGUCGCGGUAUUCGCGAGCGACGAGCGACGAGCGACGCAUCCGUCCCCGUCGCGGCGUCGUCCCGUCUUGUCCUCGUGUCGCGCCAAGUAAAGUCGAAAGUUGUUCUCUCGUGCAGCGUUAACGCACAGGUUUUCCGUUUGCGCGGGGGGGAAAGAGUCCAAUUCCCUGCUCCGAACAGUCCGAACCGGAAAGCGACUGCCCGUAGUUUCUAUCCGAGGAUACGAUCGCCAGCUGAGAGAUCUUAUUCGGUUCCCUAAUCAAGUGGAGCAUUCCUAUAACGGUGACGAAUCUGGCCAACGUCUUGCGAUGCGAUCUUACUCGAGGGACAUGGACCGCCAGCAGCAGCUGUCAUAACGCGCGACGUCUCGGCGCCGAAGCGGUAUGAGUCACGCUUAAUUAUUGGGUUUGACGUUUUAGCCGAUUUACGGCCGCGACACACUUGUCAUCCUUCAUUUCGGAUUGUGGUUUAAGCGAUACCGCCCGGAACCGGAUUCGCGUCCAAUCGCCUCGCGCCGAACCGGUCGGCGAAUCCAACGGCGAAGCAGUUUGACUUUGUUUUUCCUCCUAAGAUGUUACAUCUUGUACGCUAUCAUUACCAAGAUGAAUGUUGAAGCUUCGCCGCUUUAACUCUCGAAUACGUCGCGAAAGGAAGAUUAGAGAAUUAUUUAUCACCGAGAAAAUCUCUUUGCACGAGCGAACCGCGCGAAGACACGAAUUUUCCUUAACGGAAGAAGACAGAGAUCGUUCUAUCGUCGUGUACGAGCGGAUCGGGGUGCUGCAUAGCGUGACCCAGGGGGCGACCACGCUAUCGCGCGGGAGAGACGCGAGGGGUAGAGUCGACGGUGUAUGUGAUCGCACUCGAGGAGGGUAGCGGAGGCCUCGUCGGGUAAACCGUCCCUGUCGCUGCUAUACGGAGAUUAUAGGGGAGUCAAUCGCGGGGAGCCCCCGCAGCACGUGCAAGCGUGCUCGUCGUCGUGGCGGUUCCCUUCUGAUGGUACAGCGAGUGGAAGUAGUGACUCACCGGCGACGGACGAGCGCGGACGACGGCGCGGAUCGUCCACGGCAGAAGCACCGUCGUCGACGUCGUCGUCGUCGCCCCGCGCCAUGGGCCCGCGUCUCGCCCCGAUGAUCAUCCCCGCGCUCCUCCUCCUCGUCGCCGUCGUCCUCCUCGGCUGUCCGGGAUGCGGCCGCGCCGAUCUCGCGCCCUUCCACGAGGUCGGAUCCGCGGAGCGGAUCAUCCCGGCGGAGAAGCAUCCCGCGUCGUCGCACGGGCCGCAGAUCGACAACACCGACGACUUCCUCGGCGAUCCUCACCGCGCUUACCCGGGCAUGAACUUCGGGCCCAUGGGCCCGGUGGUCCGCUCGGCCCUGCCGAACGACGCCACCCUGCGCAGCCUCUCGUCGGCCAGCGGCGACGAUGCCGAGCAACGUUUCCCUAAGGAAUCGCAGCUCGCCUCGCCGCGCUCCGGCGACGACACCGCCGUGACCGGCGACCAACAGUCGCCGAAACCGGAGUACCACAUCGUCAGCGUCGAGUUCACGCGCGUCGAGACGCCCUUCCUCAUUGGGAUUUGGAUCUUGUUCGCCAGCAUCGCGAAAAUCGGCUUCCACAUGACGCCGAAGCUCAACAAAAUCUUCCCGGAGUCCUGCUUGCUGAUCGCCGUCGGCGUGAUCGUCGGCCUGCUGUUGUUCCAGGCGAGCAGCGUCCACAUAUCGCCGCUGACGCCCGACACGUUCUUCUUGUACAUGCUGCCGCCUAUCAUCCUGGACGCCGGCUACUUCAUGCCCAAUCGGCUGUUCUUCGACCAUCUCUGGACGAUACUCCUGUUCGCCGUCCUUGGGACUAUAUUUAAUACGAUGUCGAUAGGUGUGUCGUUAUGGCUGUUGGGAAAAAGCGGUAUGUUCGGUUACGAGACGCCUAUCCUCGAUAUGCUUCUCUUCUCGGCGUUAAUCAGCGCUGUUGAUCCCGUGGCCGUGCUGGCCGUCUUCGAGGAGAUCCACGUCAACGAGAUACUCUACAUUGUCGUGUUCGGAGAGAGUUUAUUGAACGACGCGGUCACUGUCGUGCUCUAUCACAUGUUCGAGGCGUACAGCGAGAUGGGCCCUUCCAGGAUCAUCUACACGGACGUGCUAACUGGCCUAGCCUCGUUUUUCGUGGUGGCGAUCGGUGGCACGGUCAUAGGUGUAGUUUGGGGCUUCAUCACUGGCUUCGUGACCAGGUUUACUCAUCAGGUGCGCGUGAUAGAGCCGAUCUUCAUAUUCGUGAUGGCGUACUUGGCAUACCUCAGCGCGGAGAUCUUCCACUUGUCCGGCAUAUUGGCAAUAACCUUCUGCGGCAUUACCAUGAAGAAUUACGUUGAGGCCAAUAUAUCGCACAAGUCUCACACGACCGUCAAGUACACGAUGAAGAUGCUGUCGAGUAGCUCGGAGACGAUCAUAUUCAUGUUCCUCGGUGUCGCCACGGUGAACAAUGCACACAACUGGAACACGUGGUUCGUCGUCAUGACGAUAGUCUUCUGCUCCGUCUAUCGGGUUCUGGGCGUGAUAGUGCUGUCAGCACUGGCGAACCAGUUCCGGCUGCACAAAUUGGACAAGGUUGAGAAAUUCGUCAUGUCCUACGGUGGUUUACGCGGCGCCGUGGCGUUCGCCCUGGUGCUUCUGAUAGAUCCCAAACACGUGCCCCUGCAGCCCAUGUUCGUCACCACCACUAUCGCUGUUAUCUACUUCACCGUGUUCAUCCAGGGGAUCACCAUCAAGCCCCUCGUCAAAAUUCUCAAUGUCAAAAGGGCCGAGAAGAGGAAGCCGACGAUGAACGAGAGGAUCCACGAGAGGAUAAUGGAUCAUACGAUGGCGGGUAUCGAGGACAUUGUGGGGAAACACGGCAACCACCACGUCCGGGAUAAAUUCAAGCGAUUCGACAAUAAAUUCAUUCGACCUUAUCUCGUGAGAGAUUAUUGCGGCGCCGAGCCGAAGAUUCUGGAAACUUACUCAAAGCUGGCGAUGAAGGAUGCGCUGGAUUACAUAAGAAGGAACGCCUCCACUAUCGGCAACAUUAGCGGCACCGAAAGUAUGUCGGCGAUAUUCCGUAAUUACAGCAAUACCGGACAGUUCAAUGGAAGUCCCAGCUGCAGCCAGCUCGAAUCGGGAUGGAAUAUCGAUCUGCAGGAACUGGAGUACAAUCCUUCCAAAAAAGACCUGACGGACGCGAGAAUUCACCAUCUGCUCGCCGAAGAGCUUUGUAAACCGUACAAAAGGAGCUCGUCUAUAAAACAUCAUCGACGUUUGAGCUACAGCCGACACGCGGUGAACGAUCGCGAUCUCUCGACACAAGUCAAUUACAAAAUGCACAUGAAUAUUCGACGGAUGGUGGGGGAGAAGCAUCGCCACAAACGCAGCAAAAAGUUGCUCAAAGACGGCAAACAGAAUCACGUUAGUUUCCCAGAAUUUCAACAGCAGAACGGCUCGACAAAAUUAUUUACGCAAGAUUACAUCAAUGGCGUGCUGUACGAGUUGGAAGACGGAGAAACCUCGAAGCCCUCGAGCAAAGAGGAUUGGGAUUCGGCGAUCACGUUCACCGCACGAACAUCUGAUUCGCCGAAUGUAAACGCGGACAAUCAACACGCUACCACCGCUACUACGUCGAUGGAUACAAUAAAUACGGACGAAGGAGACUUGAAAAUAGGACGCGACGGCGCGGAAGGUAGCUACAGAGUAACCACCCCUACGGCCACGGAAACUAUGUUACCGUGGAAACGUGAGGACGAUUACGAGUCGGGUCAUCCGAUCAAGCAGCACGAAUUUCCAGCCUGGUGCUCCAAUAAAGAAUACCUCGCCUACAGCUCGCCCUCCGCCACUUUCUUAGGUGGGAUCGAACAGCCGAAAGUCCAAUCCGUGAUUGGCCUAUUUCGACGCGAGAGCGUGUGCACGCCCGACAGUAUCGAUUGCCAGGAGACCGUCGACGAGGCGGACGAGACGGACGAGUACACCCCUGCGAAAGUGGAUUCCCCGGCGAAAACCAAGGGCAACCCGAGGAGGGUGCCCGCGAGGAGGGUGUCAAUGAUGGAGCUCGGCUUCGCCGACCGAGCUCGCUCGGGGGACAGGGCAGCGGACGACGGGUCCCACUCCUUGCCGGACUGCUGGAAUGUUCAGAGAGCACGCCUUAACUCCCUCGCCUGCUUACCCCAUAUGCCGAGCCUGUCGACCGCCCUGCUCACCUCCUCCACGUCGGAAUCGUCGGAGGACGUGGAUGACGAGGAGGAGGAGAAGGCUUGACCCUUGGGGACCGUCGCCGAGGAGCGAUCGUCCGACUUCGCGGACGUCGAGCGGCGACAGCGUCGACCCUUUCGGCGACCACCGAGACACUCGUUGCUCACCUCGCUCCUGCGACGACCGAGCGCCCCCGUUUGAGAAGACCUGCUCUUGAUGAGCCGCCUUUUGCAGGAGGCAUCUCACGAAUCUGAAUCUCGGCCUGAAUCUUGUUGAUACGCCUCGCAAAUGUGCGCAACAAGACGUUGCGAUGAACAAAUCCCGGGAGAAAUGAUAAUGCAGAGAAAGAGAGAGAUUGCGAUUUUAAAUUGAAUUUUGUACGAGAAGAAAUAUCUAGGAAAACGCAGGAAUUUCGUGCUAAUAAGAUAACUUUGAUAAAAAUUUAUUAGAUGAUUAUCUAAUAAAUUAGAUAAAUUACGAAAGAGAUAAGAAAAGGAAAGAUAUUCUUCUACAAAGAGUUAAUGAUGAGUUUCUCCAUGCAGUAAUGCGACAAAGUGGCGAAUCUCUUUGAAGUGAAUGAUCCUCUAUUCGAGUUUUCGGCAUUCGCGAGAUCGCUCGCCGAUUCGGAAGGAAGCGCGAGGAACGACGCGUAUACGACGUUGAAAUUUGAUGAGUCACUGUUAUUUUUUUCUGCACGCCGCGUGAACGUGAGGGUGAAGGCGCUUGUCAAGAGCAAGGGCUUAUUUCUAAAUCCAUCUCUAAGACGUCUUGGAAUUGUGGCCUUAAGGAACUGUAGAAGUGCUUGAACGCCGACGAUUUGUACGAUUUGCUGCCGUCGUCGUCGUCAUUGGCGCAAAACAUAAAAACUUGUCGGUGCUAUCGAUUAAAAAGUCUUGUUGUGCGGCGGCGUCGCGAAACGCGCCCCGCCAGCUUGUCCCAAGAUUUUACCACGAGUACCCUUCUCUCGGGGGUGGAUUUGAUGAUUCCGGCGAUCAUCGCUGGUGUAUACUUCGUGAUUAGACUACGAUCAGACUAAUCGACUUAGUAGAAAGUUAUACGCGCGGAGUCGAGUUAAAAACUUAAGUUGCUGCCGCAAUUUGCUAAAUUUUGAAAACAAUCCUGCCAGUAGCAUAAUACGAACAACUUACACUUAACAAUUAAUGUUAUUUCUGGUAAUAAUGUCUAAUUUUCGAUAAUAUGAUUAACUUACAUUAUCUCCGAAUUAUUUUACGACAUAAUUUUCUAUAGAGAAAGUUUAACUUUGAUCUCCAUCGUCGCUUGAUAGGAAAUAUUAUUUUUCUUAACGAUCAGAGAGCGUUUUUUAAAAACGCUUAUUGCACUGAUCAAAUUGUCAUUUAUAGAUAGAUACCGAUUUAGAUGUAGGAGAGACCGGGGCUAAACCGUCUGUUUUUUUUUUUUGGUGCCGAUUUUUAACAACAAAAUAAAUAAUUGUAGUUAAA